AUGGGCCUCUUCACCUCGCACAAGGCCGACGAGCACGUCGCACCGCCGCCACCUGCCGCUUCGACCACGACGACGACGACCUCGUCGCACGGCGGCGGGCUCUUCGGCAAGCACAAGACGGCCUCGCCGCCGCCGCCGGCUCCUGUCCAUCAAGAGCCUGUCGAGACGCACAAGAGCGGCGGGUUGUUCGGUCGCAAGAGCAGGUCGAGCGAGGACGAUGUCGGAUCGUCGCACCGGUUCUCAAAGACCGAUAGCCUCCAUGGAGCGCGCACGAAGCUCGAGGCGGCGCAGCACGCUGAGAACGAGGCGGACGCCGCUCUCGCACGCGCUCGUGCGGCCGUCAAAGCUGCGCGCGACGAGAUCCACGCGCUCGAGCGCGAGGCCGAGCAGGAGGCCAAAGCGGCAAAGGAGAAGCAGAAGCUCGCCAAGAGCUACCGCACGGCGGGCGACAAGCUCGGCAGGCAUUCGUAGCCAGCUGGUCGACCUUCC